UCGUUCUAUAAAACUUGCUUUUUUGGUCAGCUUUCGAUAGCUUUUGACUGCACAACAUCGCAAAUUCUUGGCUGUUACUUUUACACAUUCAUUAUAUCAGACUACUUUCAGGUGAUUGAAGAUCUAGAGGAAAAUGAAUUGAAUUUUUUCAUCAAGUAUGGUGAAUUAGGAGGGGAGGCAGAUGUGCGUGACGCAUAUAUGAAGCAAAAGCAUCGACUAAUUUGGGAGCGGCGUCAUCCUGAGAUUAUGGAAGAGCGGAAGAGGGCCCUGAAGGAACAUAAGGAAAAACUGGCGAGAGGAGAAUUUGACUACUCAUUCUGGAAAAAGGGAAUGUUUUGGCAAGAUAAGAAGAAUUAUGAGCCACCGUACGAAUUCUACAUGUCGAAGGCUUCUCUCGAAGGAGACAAACCUUUAUCUAAAGAUUGGGAGUACUAUAAAAAGGUUGCCCAAGAUCCAGAAUUUGACAAGGAACAAGGAAAGAAGUCAGAGUUCCAUCUGUUUUAG